AUGAUCAAUGUACAUAAAAGACAUAUUGAAUGUAGUUAUGUCCAUGCUUGUGUUUCACUUUACACGGACAUAAUUUUGAAUUCGCUAUGGGAUGGACUCCCCUGCACUCCGCUCCUUCGAUGGUCACACGCCGCGGUGGCUGAGCUCCUGGCCGCCAAAGGAGCGGACCUGGGAGCGAAGGACGACCGCGGAUGCACUCCAUUGUACGUAGCGUCCCAAAAUGGUCACGUCGCUGUCGUUGAGUCACUGGUUGCCAAAGGAGCUGACCUCAACGCGAAGCGAAUAAAUGGAUGGACUCCCCUGCACUCCGCUUCCUUCGAUGGUCACGCCGCGGUGGCUGAGCUCCUGGCCGCCAAAGGAGCGGACCUGGGAGCGAAGGACGACCGCGAUUGGAUUCCCCUGCACCUAGCCUCCCAAGAAGGUCACUUCGCAGUGGCUGAACUCCUGGCCACCAAGGGGACGGACCUGGAAGCGAAGACCAACGAAGGAUGCACUCCAUUGUACGUAGCGUCCCAAAAUGGUCACGUCGCUGUCGUUGAGUCACUGGUUGCCAAAGGAGCUGACCUCAACGCGAAGCGAAUAAAUGGAUGCACUCCAUUGUUCAUAGCGUCCCAAAAUGGUCACGUCGCUGUCGUUGAGUCACUGGUUGCCAAAGGAGCUGACCUCAACGCGAAGGGGAAGAAUGAUAACACACCGGCACACAUAGCUGCAUACAACGGCCAAAUGACGGUAUUGGAAGUCCUGAGCCGAAAGGGCGCUCGCUUGGAAGAGACCAACAAGGGCGGCGACACACCUCUCCACGACGCAGCCCGUGAAGGCCAUCUCCACGUCGUGUUUUUGCUCCUUUCCCUGAAGGUUUCCCCGCAGCCGAAGAACAGGCGAGGGGAGACGCCCCAGGAUGUGCUGAAGAGACCCUCCGCGACAACGAACUGCGACAUGGAAAUAUUCAGAGACAUCUCCAAGACGCAGAUAAUGGAGAAAUGGAUUGAAAGCGAGCGGGAAAUAUCCAACCUCACGAGGGAAAUGAGGACGCAGCAGAAAAGCUACGAAAAAGACAAAAAAGACAUACAAGAGAAGAUGCGAGAGAAGGAUGCCAAAGCUGUGGAGAUGAAAAAGGAAAUUGCCUCUUUGAAGGAUGCUGUUGCAAAGAAAAAAGAGGAUUUAGAAACAUUAAAGAAAAGCUACGAAAAAAGACAAAAAGACACACAAGAGAAGAUGCGAGAGAAGGAUGCCAAAGCUGUGGAUGAAAAAGGAAAUUGCCUCUUUGAAGGAUGCUGUUGCAAAGAAAGACGAGGAUUAGCAAACAUCAAGGAGAACCUGAGAGGUGAAGUGCUGGCAUGCUAG